AUGGUCAGCAAAGCCGAUAACGAUGCGCUCGAGUCGCAAUUUGAGUCGCAAUUCCAAAAGCCUGGCGAUCUGGUGGAACGUGAUGAUGACACAGGGCUCAUGGAAGUCGAAUCACUUUGCAUGAACUGUCACGAGCAAGGAACCACCCGACUCCUUCUCCUCCGCGUCCCUUACUUCCGCGACAUUAUUUUGGAGAGCUUCGAGUGCCCCCACUGCCACUUCAAGGACAACUCAGUCAAGUCAGCUGGUCAAAUUCAAGAGCGCGGCGCGAAAUAUACUCUGAAGGUGGAGAACGAGCAAGACCUGGCUCGCCAAGUUAUCCGCAGUGAUGUUUCGGUCUUCAAGCUCGAGGACCUCGGCAUUGAGAUGCCCCGCGGCGAAUCGCAGCUUACCAACGUUGAAGGAGUUGUUCAACACAUCCACGAGCACCUCUCGGGCGAGCAAGACCUGCGCAAAGAGCAAGCCCCCGAGCUCCACGAUGCGCUCGUCCCCAUCAUUGCCAGUCUGAAGAAGAUCCUCGACCGCGACGAUGCUUUCCCCUUCACCAUCUCUCUGGAUGACGCCACCGGAAACUCCUGGAUUGCACCCAACACCACCGACCGUGGCAGCAAGUACACACGCCGCGAAUACCCCCGAACCCACGAGCAGAAUGAGGAGCUUGGAAUUGCGGCGGAUACACAGGCUGUCGAUGCCGAGAAGUCCCAGAUGGACUUCGGUAACCCCGAGGAUCUUGACAUCGUCGAUGGUCAGGUCUACACCAUCCCCGCGGAAUGCCCAGGAUGCAGCAAGGCAUGCAAGGUCAACAUCAAGAAGCUGAACAUCCCUUACUUCAAGGAAGUCUUCAUUUGGGGCACUAACUGCGAUGGUAUUGAUGAGGCCGAGUCUUUCGGUCAAGUUCCUCACGAUGGCUGUGGCUACCGAAGCAGUGAAGUCCGCACCGGAGGUGCUGUCCCCGAGAAGGGAAAGACUAUCACUCUUCGUGUCGAAAACUCAGUCGACAUGUCCCGCGAUAUCCUGAAGUCUGACACAUGUCAGCUUCUGAGUGAUGAUCUGGAUCUCUCCGUCGAGCCAGGUACUCUGGGUGGAAGAUUCACUACCGUUGAGGGAUUGCUGGUCGAAAUCCGCGACCAAUUGAAGGGAACCAUUUUCUCUGGUGUCGACGAGACUACUGGCGGUGACGGCAUGGCUUCUUCCGACAAGGAGACUUGGGAACGCUUCUUCAACCGCCUUGAUCAGGCCAUUGAUGGCCAGCUCAAGUUCAGCAUCACCCUCAAGGACCCCAUGGCCAACUCCUACGUGCAGGAUCUUUGCACUCCCGAAGUCGACCCCCAGAUUACCACCGAGGAGUACACCCGCACCGAGGAGGAAGAGGAUGACCUGGGCUUCAAGGACAUGAAGACCGAGGGCUACGAGCAGGACGCUGAGACUAAGAAGGAGUAA